AUGGAAGCGAUAGACUUGAAUGAUGAUGGUCAGAAUGAUUUGAUGGAUGAAGAUAUAGAAGAUCAUGAAGUUAUUGAGAUUUCAGAGGUUAACAGAGGCACGCCACCAAGACAUGCUCAGUCACGCCGUAGAGCUAGGUUGUGGUUAAAAUUUACUAUAAUUGGAGGACAGCGGCCUGAUGGUAAAACCAAGAUCAGAUGCAACCUUUGUAAAAGGUUCUACUUCAUUAAGCUUCGCAGAAAUGGAACCUCAACCCUGUCUCGUCAUUUGAAGGUAUGUCCAAAAGCUGUUGGAACACCUAGAAGUAGUUCUAGGAAGGUGGAUAUGAUGGUGUUCCGUGAGAUGAUAGCAAUGGCCAUUAUAGAGCAUGAUCUGCCUUAUAAGUUUGUAGAGUAUAAGAGGAUUAGAAUGGCUUUUACUUAUGCUAAUUCCAGUAUUGAGUAUUGGAGUAGAAACACAGCAGCUUCUGAUGUGUUAAAGAUUUAUGAACGGGAAAAGCAGAAGCUUAGGAAAAUCUUGGUAGAGUUUCCUGGUAGGGUUUGUUUGACAACAGAUCUAUGGAGGGCUAUCACCAUUGAAGGUUACCUCUGCUUGACUGCGCACUACGUCGAUGAUGAUUGGAAUCUGCAAGCUAAGAUAUUGGCUUUCAUUGCUUUUCCUCCCCCUCAUACUGGAAUAGCCAUUGCAAUGAAGCUGGUUGAGCUGCUCAAGGAGUGGGGACUGGAAAAGAAGGUCUUCUGUCUCACUGUUGACAACACUUCUUCGAACGAUUCCAUGCAGAGUAUUAUGAAGAAACAGCUGCACAAAGAUCUGGUCUGUGGUGGAGAAUUUUUCCAUGUUAAAUGCUCAGCACAUAUCUUGAAUCUGAUCGUCCAAGAUGGCUUGGCAGUGAUAGGAGGAGCUCUGCAAAAAAUCAGGGAGAGUGUUAAGUUCGUUAGAGGAUCAGAAAGUAGGGAAAUAAUGUUUAAAAGCUGUGUUGAAAUAGUGGGAGUUGAGGAUGAUGAAGGAGGUCUGGUCUUAGAUGUAAGCACACGCUGGAAUUCUACUUUCCUCAUGCUUUCUAGAGCUUUAAAGUUCAGAAAUGCACUAAGUCACUUGGCAGAUGUAGAACAAAGUUAUUCUACUUGUAAGAGAAGGUUGGCUAAUGUUCGUUCAAAGAUUUAUAAGUUGUUUGGAGCUUACAAGAAAAACCAGAGAAUUAGUAGUGCUGCAACAACUUCACAAGGAGAAACACACGAUGUUCCAGCCGGUUAUGGGGGAUUCUACGCCUUCUUUUCUCAGAAAGUUGUUGGCAGUGGCAAGUCUGCUCUCGACAUAUAUCUGGAUGAGCCAUUGCUUGACUACGCCGCUCACAAGAAACUAAAUGUGUUACAUUACUGGAGAGACAAUUCGGCUCGGUUCAGAGAGUUAGCAACAAUGGCACGAGAGUUUUUGAGUAUACCCAUAACAACUGUGGCUUCAGAAUCUUCAUUUAGCAUAGGUAGUAGAGUGCUCAACAAGUAUAGGAGUUGUCUUCUACCCACUAAUGUCCAAGCCUUGGUCUGUACUAGAAACUAG